CAUCCCCACUUCUUCAACAACUCUCACCCUCUCACUCUUACAAACACGCCUUGAAAACCAGACCCCCAACCUCUUCCUCCAGCCAAAAUGUCCGCCUCAGGAACCGCCGCCAUCCCGACUCAAGCGCGUCACAAACAACUCCGCGCAUGCCUCUUAUGCUCCGUCAUCCAAACACCGUCCGAUUUCCGACGUGUAGGAUGCCCGAAUUGUGAGGAGAUCAUGCAGAUGAAAGGCUCGCCUGACCGUAUCCAAGUAUGCACCACGACCUAUUUCGACGGCAUCAUCUCCGUGAUCGACCCCGAGACGAGCUGGGUGGCGAGGUGGCAGCGGACAUCGAAAUACGUCCGAGGGAUGUACGCAGUCCGCGUGAAAGGUCGCGUCCCAGAGGACGUCGAAGCAGAGCUCGAAAGCCGAGGGAUAAAGUACCGGCCUAGAGACCAGACAGACCAGGACUGAUGUUCACCUACACCGCAUUCUUCCUCCUUCGCCGCCACAUCCCCGUUCUUGCACUCCCUUUCGUCUAUUGUCGCACCCAUCCUCCAUCACACCACACCCAUCCUCCAUCACACCACACCAAAAAUCACCCCACUUUACCCUCCCGCUUCUCUAUGCUUUCCGAGACGCAAUCAAAGUCGCGCUCCGGCUUUCGGCUUCAGCUUCAGCUUCAUGUGCCAUGUAAUCUAUAUCAAACGC